UUUUUUCAGUUCAACAAUAUCUUAUAUUCGGUAACCAUGCGGUUCCGGAAGAAAAGCGUGCACCGCCGAUAGAGAUGCCAGCACAUCGCUGAGAAAUCGGAGCCUCACUGACAUUGAAGAUCAACACGAGCUCAGAAAACCUCGAGGAGUGGCUGAACAGUCAGAAUAAGACUUGAGACAGCUAACCUUGAGCCAAAAAGGUUAGCUACUGGCCCGAAAUUAACUUCAGCGCAUCGAGCAGCUCGGCUAAGAUUUGCCAGACAAUACGUCAAUUGGACUGACGAAUAAUGGCGUUCCGAUUCUCCUCAGACGAAAGUAGAGUGUGCCUGUACGGUGGCGAUAGGACAGAACGAGUCUACAAAAGACCUGGAGAAAGAUUAGCAUAGUGUUGCAUAAAAGAAAACGUAGCUUUUGGUGAAGGUUCCUGGAUGGAGAAAUCGGGGUGUCACUGAUAUUGAAGUUCAACACGAGCUCAGAAAACCUCGAGGAGUGGCUGAACAGUCAGAAUAAGACUUGAGACAGCUAAUUAACUCCAGCCCGUCGAGCAGCUCGUCUAAGAUUUUCCAGACAAUACGUCAAUUGGACUGACGAGAAAUGCGGUUCCGAUUUGCGCAGUGUUGCAUAAAAGAAAACGUGAAUUAUGGAGGAAUAUGAAACAAUUAAUAUUAAAACGAUUCAUUUUAUUUUUGACUCAAAAAAUGUUUUAUUUAAAAUUUUAUCCAUAAAAAUAUAUUCGUGUUACAUUAAAAAUAAUUAAUAUUCUCAAUUUUUUUUUUAAAUUCUCGUAUGAGGAUAAAAGAAAUGAUCGAUUCCAAUAAAUAAAAUUUCCUCCAUUAAAAAUAUCAUAGUUACGCCCUUGAUUAAAACUAUCAUUGAUCAAACAUUCAAAUUUUAUACGUCAGUUAUAUCACAAAGAACUCGACGUAGUUGAAUGUAAAUAAACGAAGAUUUGACACAAACUUUUCACGUAAAUGGAAUCGCCAGCAAUUUUAAAAAAAGUAACAACAAUUAAUUAAAAACCGAAAUAAGAAUAAAUGAAGAAGAAAAGGCGAAAAUACAAUUCUACAUCGGAAUAUUUCAUAUCAGUUAAGUUCGAUAGCAUAGAAAGCAUAUAGUUUACAAUUUACGACUCGCAAUAUAAUUUUGACAACUACAUACAUUAAUGUCAUAAUAUGUACCUGAAAUAUAUUUUUGUCGCACUUACAAAAUGACUCUCGAAGACAGACCUAUUUUAAGAAGGCAACGAGCUCAGCCCAGAAGAUCCUCGAAAGACAACCUCGAAGUAGAUAUACGUAAUGGAAGUGCGGGUAACAUCGCCAAAAAUGAAUACGUAUUUUCCAGUUCCCCUCGAGCGUUAUACACAAAUAGAAAAAUGUAUAAAGGAAGUGAUGUACCGUACGCUAACGUUAUGUUCGAGAGAAGAGUUUUCAGAGGAACUAAUUUCGGAGCAAAUAAAUGCGAAGGUGACGGCGAAUCCGCCGCAGCGAGAGCCGCGGAAGCUCAAAGAAGAGCAAAAGCAAGAACACGUGCCCAAAAUAUGAAAGUGUCUUUACGACUUGGUUCUCCUCCGGCGAUUUCUGGUAGAAAACACGAACGGAUACAAACCGAAAAUUAUUUGGAAGAAAUAUUCGUAACUCCACCCGUCGCCGAUAUAUGCACACAGACAGAUUUAUUCUUAGAGAGACCAGUAUCUCCAUUUUAUGUUCCCGCCAAAACCGGCGCCGAUGUAGAAACACAAAUUUAUCCUGGUGAUUUGUUCGAUUUCGAUUUAGAAGUGCAACCAAUACUCGAGGUACUUGUGGGUAAGACAAUAGAACAAUCAUUAAUAGAAGUUUUGGAAGAGGAAGAAUUAGCAGCUCUUAGAGAACAACAAAGAAAAUUCUUGGAAAUAAGAGCCGCCGAAACUGCUGAAGCUUUGAGGUUGGAAGAAAGAGAAAAGAGAUUAUUCAAAGAAAAAGAACGAAGAAUGGCAGAACUGGAAGAAGGAUUGAAGAAUCAAAAAGAGAUGGAAGAAAAGAUAGCCGCAGCUGUAUUGAUGCAAGGAUAUUUAGCAAACCUCCUUCCUUCAGUGUUAGAAGGUUUAGAAUCAGACGGCUUCCUUUUGGAUAACAUCAAACAAGAUUUGGAAGAUUCAUUUAUGCCUUGGUUACUUAAAGAAGUCACAGGGGAGAUGCAAGAUAUGGUUAGUAGUAGAGAUAUUCUUGCUGAUAUAGUUAGGGAGAUUUUAGAAAAUCGGGCGGAUUUAUACGUCGCUUUGGAUAAAGAAAUCGUAGAAGUUGCCGAAGAAGGUACGGAUAAUAUUCAAGAUGAGCAGUUGCAAGAUCAUAUGAAAUUACAAGAAGAAAUUCGAAAAAAAUUGGAGGAAAAUCAAUAAAAAUAAGAAUUUUAUAUUGUUUUUAGACACGUAAAUUUCUAUGUAAAUUGUUGAAUCAAAUAAAUAUAGUUUUUUCAAUAUUUUAUUUUGUUGGUGCCAAAUUUAAUGAGAAAUUUAUACUUGGAAUAGAUAUAAGUGGGCUCAUAAAACAAAAAUUUUAGAACAAGGUAAUUUUUGUAUUUAAAAUUAACUUUCCGAAUAAAAUUAUUGACCCAACAUAAGUAUCUGUAAGUUGGUUUUCAACUAAACCACAUCAACAGGAGCAAAGAAAGGCCUAAAUGCUCAUAUAGAAAAGGUAUUAACUGAUAUCAAAAUCAAGAAUUUACCAGAAACUUGGACAGUUUAGAGCUUAAAAGAAAAGUGUAUUACCUUACUCAUCGAUCGAUACUACUAAGGAGAUACUUUGCAAGAUCUACUACAUAAGCAGUUGAGGUUAAACACCACCGAGACCGCCCGAAGACGCAUAGAAUGUCAAUCUCGGGACUUCUUUUGGAGAAGUGCAAGUUUGUGGAAUCAGCUACCAAGAUAUCUCCACACUGGAGGCAGCACUCGAGCUACUCGAAAGUAAUAGGAAGUGCUUGCUAUAUAAAAAAUAUUAAGAUGAGGUCUUAGCUGCAAUAGAUUGACCUAAAUGAGGUUAUAGAGUUUAUGGUAAAUAAAAAAUAAACCCUGGUUAUAGCGCUUAACGUGAAUAAGAAAAUAAACCCAAAUCAGGUUAUAUAUGUAGAUAAGGAUAAAAAAAAGAGAAUAGGGGAAGUAGUAAGAACUAUGAAAUUGAAAAUAUAUUAGAAAUUAAAAAUAAAAUAAUAACAAUUAAAUAAAGAAAACGGUUGUAAGGACACAUUGAAAGAAUGCAAAUAGAACAGGGUAUGAGGAGAAUUACAGAAAUAAAUGUGAAGAUUGGGUGGUGCAGAAUAAAAAAAAUUCUCUAACAGGUAGAUACAGGGCAGAAAUACAUAGAAAAAGAUUGUUGAAACUGCAAAAAAUUGAAUAAAUUUUAAAUGAGUAGCGAUAAACUCUCAUAAGGUAUUUAUUUAAACCAUAUUUGUAUUUCUUAGGUGUAAUGGUAUACCCAGGUUUAUCUUAACUAAAAAAAUAAAUCAGGAAAUUAUUAUGCUUUAAAUAACCCCCAUUUUCAUUUGAAAUUUGUGAGGAUUAAUCAAAUUUAGUUGACUUUUUCCUUCGAUAAAUUUAAGCCAACCAAAAAGCUGUAAUAUUUUAUGUUUACCUAGCAACGAUCAAAUUUCAGCGAUAAUACUGCACUAGUGCAAAUUAUCGAUAAUUUGCACUAGUGCCAAAUUUUCGUCUAGGAUUAAUAAACAUCAUUUGGUUUUAAUUUUAUAUUUUAAGAAAAGGAACAAUUAUUGUUUAUUUUAAAUUAAAUUUUUCUCAGGAAAUAGUCUGCCAAAAUGCCCUCUCGUGCAUGUCAAAUUGUCUCAUAAUUUCCUCUCGUGGGCAUUCGCGCACUCGAGAAAAUUAAAUUAUCGACAAUUUGACAUGCACUCGGGACAUUGAUAUUGAAAAGACUUAAAAUGAGUAUGA